UGGUGUAUGUCUUCCCUCUUCUCAAACGAAGAGGAUAUAGUCCUUGUUGAAUGCCUUGUCUCGGCUUGAAAAUGUUGAAUUUUUAGCAGAAAAUACUAUAUUUCACCUGGUGCAAACAUCUCCAGGCAUCGAUGGCAAGAUUACCUGAUUUGGGUUUUCGUCGGGAUUCCGUCCUUCGGGAUAAGGAACGCGAGCCAUACAAUGGCUAUAUCACUGCCACCGUGCCAUCGAUUGACAGAACGAAUGUAAUACCCUGGACUUUUUUCAACGGAAAACUCAAGUUUGGCCCGGUUGAAUCGGGAGGUGGUUUUAUUGUUUUAUGCUUUGUAUGGCUGAUAUUCGCCUCUGUGCCAGAAAAAUGGAUAAUGGUGCUAUGUUCGUUACUACAAAGCCUGAUAACAACUUUUCUGCCACUUGUCUGUUUGGUGUGUGUAUUUUAUUGGGCUGAGCUUCUUAUUCAAAAGUACUGCAAUAGUCGGGUUUCAUUAGUGAUUUUUCCAAUUUGUGCGAUUGGAGAAUUUUGUACACAAGUUCUUUUUGACGGCUCCGAUAUCCUUCGAGGUAGCUUUUUGUUUACACUCCUCCUAGCGGGCUUGGUAACUGCAACGUUCUCUCGUCUAAACCUCAUUCCAGCGACUGUGGUGCUAGUUUUGUUGACCCUAGCUCGAUUUUCUUGCUGGAUCACUCUUUAUGAAGUUCAUGGCUGGUUUCGGCCRUUCUUGGCGUACUUUGCAGCCUUUGCAGGUCUCGUAUUAUCAAGAAAUGUUCAAGAUUUUUUCGCUCAGGGUCCUGCCGAGGUCGAGAGCAAAGUACCUAUGAUACGACAACGAACUMGAAGAAGCUCGAGCGUCUCUUCUACAAGCAGUCUUAGCAGCAGUAGAAGAAGGACAUCGCUCCCAGCUUUGGGCAUUCAAAGCAGGAGUAUGAUAGACCAUACUACAUUAGGUGAAGCACAUGGCAUGAUAACUGAUUUAUUAGCUGACUCYAAYCUAGCACCAAAUGUUGCAAGCACUCUGAAAUUAAUCAGUACUAUGAUAGCUCCACCCACAGCAUUCCACACACCACGCUCUUUUGURCAAAUGUCACCACUGGURGAAAGAUUCCAGGAUGAAAGUGUGGCGGAGAAGGUCAAGGACCAACCUGACUUGAAGGAUGACUCAGGUCUGCCUUCGCGGUUUCGUCGAAGUAUUGCAUCAGGUCGUCGUAUGUCAAGUACAUAUACUACCACAACAUCAGCAACAGGAAUGCCAACAGUUGAUCCUGACAUUUCUAUCCUUAGAACUCCUACAGUAUCUGUCAUCCAUGAUGGAUCAAGCCUUGGAGGAGCAAGUACUGCUCCAAAAAGUCCCUUAACAAUUGACUCAACAUCAAGAGCACAAGAUACUUUCUCAAAACAUCGACCUUCCUUCUUUUCCAAUAGUCUUCCAUCACAAAAUCCAAGCCCUCCGACUUUCUCACGGAUAUCGCCUGACCGUGCAAAUGCACCACCUUCACCUAACUUUGUACGAAAAUCUCCUGAAACUUCUUCAUCUCCGAGUUUACUUCGUAGAAACUCUGAUAAACCAAAUUAUUUGAAACAUAGGAGUUCUGAGGACCUAAAAGAUGUUAUAGAGGAUGUUGAGAAUGAGGAAACAAAGAAAAGUGAUGGCACUUGUAAGUGUCAUUGUCACAAUGAAUCUAUUGAGAAUAUUGAUAUUUCAAAUGAUGAAAAUGAAAAAACAUCAACAAUUGUUCAUGAAGACUUUCAACUUCUGGAAGAUCCAAAUUUAACACGACUUCUUGAUAAACUUAAUGAUUGGAACUUCCCUAUAUUUGAAGCUUAUAAAUAUGGAAAUAUCCUGGUGCAGAGUGCGUACCGCAUUUUCAAGAACGUUGGCUUUUUUGAGACUUUUAAAAUUCCAGAGAGAAAAUUCCUGACCUAUUUUUAUGCUUUGGAGUGUGGUUACCAUGACAUCCCCUACCACAACUGUAUGCAUGCAGCUGAUGUCCUGCAUGGUGUCUAUUAUUUAACUACAGCGMAAAUACCAGGCUUUUGUCCGCCUGGAUCACGCCGGAAAUUGGACAGCGAUAGCGACUGUGAUUCGGACAGCGGUAUCACGUCAGUAGGUUUGGAUGGGUCGAGUGAUAAUGAGGAGAAGAAGAGUGGUGGAGACUAUGGCAGUCUUAGUGAUGCUAUCCCGCUAUUAGAGUUAUUGUCAUUAUAUACAGCAGCAGCAAUGCAUGACUACGACCACCCUGGACGAACUAACGCCUUUUUGGUGGGAACCCUGUCUCCAAAGGCUCUUCUUUACAACGAUCGUUCAGUCCUCGAGAACCACCAUGCUGCAGCAGCAUUUGCCUUGCUUAUGUCUGAUACCAAGUACAACUUUCUCUGUGAAUUGAACAGUGCUGAGUUCAAGCGCUUUCGCUUUCUUGCCAUCGAAGCUGUGUUGGCGACUGACCUCAAACGUCAUUUUGAUGUUCUUUCUGACUUCAAUGCAAAGAUUGCUGARGGAGGAGUGAACUGGGACAAUGAGGCUGAUCGUCUGUUAACCCUGCAGUGUUGUAUCAAGAUGUCUGAUAUUUCAGGCCCAAGUAAACGACGUGAUAUACAUACUUUAUGGACGGAGCGUAUCGUCGAGGAGUUCUAUGAACAGGGUGAUGAUGAAUUGUCACGUGGGAUGCCUGUAUCUCCUUAUAUGGAUCGUAACCAACCACACGUGGCACAGCUACAGGAUUCCUUCAUAAACCAUCUUGUGGCUCCAUUGUAUAACUCGUUCUCCAAUGCUGGMUUGCUUCCUGGAGUAUGGGUCGAAGAGGAAACGAGCAGCGCCGACACAGACUCGGAACCCGAAGAUUCUAACGAAGAUCCAUUGUCGACUUCCGAAGAAGAACGAGUAAAAAUAAAGCGGAAGAAACGCCGAAAAAACAAACGUCGAAAGAUUCAAAGUGAUAUCGCWAACAACAUACAGCGCAACUACAAAAUGUGGAGACAGAAAGUGAAAGAAUCAGAGAGGGAAAUGGUGAUGAAUGUCAAAGAUGACAAGACAGAUGACGACGACGAAGACGAUGAUACUGGUCUCAUGAUGGCCGAGUCACCUCGACACGCAGAUAUCAUCGAAGAAGAGGAAAAUAGCUCUGAAUGUAGCAGCAAUACUGACUCACCCAAAGGGACUGAUGACGACUGUAAAUAGACUGUCAAUAUAACAAAAAAUGUGUUUGAUCCAAACCUCUGUGAGCCAAACACGACAGACAAAGGUACUGGUGUUUAAUUUAUAUAAGGUCACGUAGCCUUAACGUAUUAUAAAAUUAUGCAAAGGUAAUGUGUAAAUAUUGUAGACAAUGGGUGGUAACCCUGGAGGUUAAUAUAUACAUGAAUAUUGUAUAGUGAAUCGACUAAAUGACGCCCGGUUGGGUGUCCACUUAUCUCUCUCCACCAUAACUUAAGGCACUUAAUGGAGAGAGAUUAAAAUUAUUGGCUAAAACUGAGAGCCUACUUGCACUGGGUCACGUGAUCAUAUCUUUCGUCAUUUUACAAUCCCAAAAAAUUACAAAACGAAUGAGGACUGAAUAUUACAACGUUUUAUUUCAAAGUUCACAAGAAAAUAUGUUACAACACUUUUAAUUGGUGAUGUGAAGCGACACUAUUUUUCGUACAAAGCAUGACGGUACAUGUAGUCUUCGACCGUGAAAAUACCCAACCAAAUUCGUUGUUUUCUUGUAAAUAUCAAAAGGAAACGCAAAAAAAAACCCAGAUUUGGGGGAUUGUUUUAGCAAACAUAAAACGUGAAAGGACUAUGAUCUCCCAUCAUGCUUUGUACAAAAUGGCGUCGGUACACCGUUUCCUAUUCGUCUUUUUACUACAUCWCCGGGAUGCUUUGCGCAUUUUUAUUGUAAUUUUAUUUCCAAAUUAAAUAUUGAACCAUUCACAUUAUAGUAAAAUAGGCACAGCAUUCCGUUAGAUAUAUCACAAGCCUUUCAAAAUGCAAAUUGCCUUCCCACAUUUCUAAAAACAGGGCUUUGGGCAUUGUUGGUUAUUGGUGGUCGUAAUGUUUGUAUGUAUUAUAAAGUCACGCAAGUGAGAAAUGAUGGAUCACUGUACACUAUACAACAUUGGCGAGCAAACACUUCCAUAGUAUUGGAUGACAUUAARCAUGGCGUCCGUCAAUGAAAAACCAUUCAGAAUUUCUUUGUUCUGUUGAUGUUSAAGUUUUUUUCACCGUGAACAAUAUCAAAUCGUUCAACGGUGUUGGAUGGUAUUGUGGUGAUCACACAUUUCUCAGUUUGUUGGRAAUGAAAAAGAGACCUAYUGACGUCUCGAUACCUCAAUUGGGCUGGACCCCCUCAGUGUAUUGAAUUGAUCAAAACCUCGCUUUGUUAUGAAAUUUUUCACUGCUAUGGAGCAUUGGCUAUUGGCAAAAGAAAGAAGGAAGAUUGUUAGUUUUUUGUUUCAUUGAAUACAGGGUAACUCUUGAAUCGCAACCACUUAUUUUGAUCAUUUGGAUCGUGCUUGAUAACGACUUGCACGAUUUUGUUAUGAACCACAACUAUUAAAAUGCUUUGCCUACCUUUUUUUUCUAUUGUUUUACAAAUCUUCGAAGGGGAUAGACAGUUGAAGUGGAAUGACGCCAUCGUGUAAAUGGUCUCCAUUAUUGGCUGUUUCAUGACUUACGACAGCUAGUGUCKGAUCGCGACAUUUUCGCUCUAAUAAUAGGCUUUGAAAAAAAGAAAUAGAAAAAGGAAUGUGAAAAGUGGCAUAUUUUAGCACGCGAUUUUGAAUGGCAGAGAACGUUUAUAACAUCAAAUUUCGGCUGUUGGACAACAUGUUAGCAAAAUAAACUAACCACUAUUCAUAUUUCCUUUUUKUUAUUUUCUAUUUUAAAAUCAUUUCUCGAUGUAUGAUGGUUUUUAACCGUAACCGUCAAUUCUGUUUUUACUAUUUGUGUGUGCUUUUUGUUUACACAUAAUAUUUUAAAAUAGUCAUUGGCAAAAAUMCCGACCGCUAACAAAUAUCAUUACAUUGACAGCAUCAUGGCUAACUUCAWGUGCUGUCUCGUCAAAACAGAUCUUAAAUCAUUUGAAUACUUUGAAAUUAUGUUUGUAGAAGGCUGUCAAGUAUAAUCUGCAGUUUUCUGGAAAAUUCAAAGUUUAUAUUUGAAAUAUCAACUACCCUACAUAUUGAUAUAUUUAUAUAAAUUAACGGCCAGAAUUUCUUCAAUUGUCUGUUACUUCUAUAGCAAAAUUCACUGAAAUAGACGUGAAAUGCGUUUGUYUAUUAACUUAUGCUGUCAUAAGAACAACGUUAUUUUCAACUAUGGUCAGCAUUUUACAACUGUCCCCUUUUGUUGGGGUUUCUAAAAUUACUGGUAAUCAGUUCUCCUCGAAUGAUCGAUUUUGGUCACUAGAGAAUUGUGCACUUUUAUUGCGCUGGUURAUCUAAUAUUAACCAAUCAAAAAGCUAUGACYGUUGAAUGACCAAUAAACGGUUCUCUUACAACGGAAAAAAAAAGCUUUAUAAAUUAUUGUUCCGCAAUAAUAUGAGUGCAUGUAUAGAAAUGUUUGCAAUAACAUAAGUACAUGUAUAGAAAUCUUUAAGCAACUGUAAAUAAAAUAGAAUCAAGUACCACCUUUUCUUUUCUGAGGUGUAUGAUAUUAAUGUGCGGUUGGUUAUGUGACUUUAGUGUUCGGGUUUCUGUAGGUUCUUAUUAAGUUAAAGGUAAAUCGUGUUAAAUUGAGUGAACUAUAACGACAAAUUAGGAAAAAAAACAAUACUUCUUUUAAGGACUGGAAGGGUUACUAGAUCGGCUGACACGGUCCCCGUCUUGAGAGAGACAGUCUGUAGAGUUCCGUAUUUGUCCUUAGAAUGAUACAGCAAGAAGUAUUUCUAUGAUCUUUCUUCAAGAUGGAGGYCGUGUCAUGGAGUAAGGAUAUUGAUUCCUUGUCUUCACAAASUCGUGGCAGCACAUGACGUGACAAAGCACGCGAUUCCACCAUUACACAGGGCUGGAAUGUAAUGAAAUGGGGGUCUGGCACUGCUGUAAAUAUUUCUCUAUACUGUAAAAUGAAUGUAUCUAAAUGUCAGAUUAUUGAAAUGUAAUUAAUAAAAGAUACCGAAGAGCAGAAACGUUUUA